GUGGCUGCGAGCCGGGCUGCGGCAGCCUCUGGUCUCCUUACCAGCGGCACCAACCCCUCCUCCUGCGCCUCGGCCGCUCCCCUCUUUGCGGGGGAAAGAUGCCCUUAACCCAGGGGUGUGAAGAAGGGGGAGAACUAGCUGCCGGAGCCGCCCGCGCCGUCGCCGCCGCAGUUGCUGCCGUCCGUGUCCUUUGAAUCCAGAAAAGCACCCCCUCGCCAGGGCGUCGGGAGUGUGGGCGGGCGAGCGGGUGGGCGGCCGCGGUGCGGGUGUGGGGGAGACCGGGCUCUGCGCCCGGCGCGGCCCAGGCCGGCGGCCCAGCGACCACCGACAUGGAGCGGGCUCGGGCGGCCGAGUAGCCGCCGCUCCCGGAGCCGGGGGCGAGUGCCGCCCGCAGCCAGUCAGGCCCCUGGGAGAAGCGGGGAGAAAAAUGAAGAGUUUUCAUCGGAAUCCGUUGGAAAUAGGACUAACUGCAAAGCCUUAAAAAGAAGGACCUCGGGAGGAGAAAGGGAAAGCCUCCUCCGGGGAAGGCUUGGCGUGCUCCGAGUCGAGGGGCUGCUUCAGGGACCUCGCCCCCUCCCUUUCCCUCCGGAGAAAUUGCCGCUGAUGCGUUAUCCAAGUGGUGGUUGGGAGGAUUUGCAGCAGAAUUUUUGGUUUUUCCUCCCCCUUAUAUACAUUCUGGUUUUUUCCUUCCUUUUCGAUUUUCCUUCUGCUUGGGAAGUGAAUUGCUGAUGCAGAUCGGACUUAAUUCAUUAAUGAUGCAACUGGAUUCGUUUCAGGAUUAUGUUGCACGAGUUGAAUUUUGAAUGAAGGAGAAGAGUUUUUUUUUUUUUAAAGAAGUGUUGACUCUUUGGUUCUCAGUACUUUUUAAUUAUUUUAUUUAAAUAUACGAUUUAAUUGUAUUAUUCUUUUAAAAAUGUUUUAAAUAUAUUUUAUGGUAACUUUCCCUCAAAAUAUAUGUAUAUGUGUGAAAUAGAAGACGCUUCAGUUAAGUGAGGUUACUGGUGUGUUGGAUGUUGAAUUCAGCACCGGCAUUGCAUGACAGUUGUUUGAAUAACAAGUGGUUUAUUUUUAAAACCACACCUUUUCAAGUUUAGGUUCAAAUAAUCAUCGUCAAAAUCGGUUCAAUAAUUGAAAGAAAAACCAGCAGAAGUUGAAGCAAACAUGUCUGGAGAAGUGCGUUUGAGGCAGUUGGAGCAGUUUAUUUUGGAUGGGCCCGCUCAGACCAAUGGGCAGUGCUUCAGUGUGGAAACGUUACUGGAUAUCCUCAUCUGCCUUUAUGAUGAAUGCAAUAAUUCUCCAUUGAGAAGAGAGAAGAACAUUCUUGAAUACCUAGAAUGGGCUAAACCAUUUACUUCUAAAGUGAAACAGAUGCGAUUACAUAGAGAAGACUUUGAAAUAUUAAAGGUGAUUGGUCGAGGGGCUUUUGGAGAGGUUGCUGUAGUGAAACUAAAAAAUGCAGAUAAAGUAUUUGCCAUGAAAAUAUUGAAUAAAUGGGAAAUGCUGAAAAGAGCUGAGACAGCAUGUUUUCGUGAAGAAAGGGAUGUGUUAGUGAAUGGAGACAAUAAAUGGAUUACAACUUUGCAUUAUGCUUUCCAAGAUGACAAUAACUUAUACCUGGUUAUGGAUUAUUAUGUUGGUGGGGAUUUGCUUACUCUACUAAGCAAAUUUGAAGAUAGAUUGCCUGAAGAUAUGGCUCGAUUUUACUUGGCUGAGAUGGUGAUAGCAAUUGAUUCAGUUCAUCAACUGCAUUAUGUACACAGGGACAUCAAACCUGACAAUAUAUUGAUGGAUAUGAAUGGACAUAUUCGGUUAGCAGAUUUUGGUUCAUGUCUGAAGCUGAUGGAAGAUGGAACGGUACAGUCCUCAGUGGCUGUUGGAACUCCAGAUUAUAUCUCUCCUGAAAUCCUUCAAGCCAUGGAAGAUGGAAAAGGCAGAUAUGGACCUGAGUGUGACUGGUGGUCUUUGGGGGUCUGUAUGUAUGAAAUGCUUUAUGGAGAAACACCAUUUUAUGCAGAAUCUCUGGUGGAAACAUAUGGAAAAAUCAUGAAUCACAAAGAGAGGUUUCAGUUUCCAGCUCAAGUGGCUGAUGUCUCUGAAAAUGCUAAGGAUCUUAUUCGAAGGCUCAUUUGUAGCAGAGAACAUCGACUUGGUCAAAAUGGAAUAGAAGACUUUAAGAAACACCCAUUUUUCAGUGGAAUUGAUUGGGAUAAUAUUCGAAACUGUGAAGCACCUUACAUUCCAGAAGUUAGUAGCCCAACAGAUACAUCAAAUUUUGAUGUGGAUGAUGAUUGUUUAAAGAAUUCUGAAACAAUGCCCCCACCAACACAUACUGCAUUUUCUGGUCACCAUCUGCCAUUUGUUGGUUUUACAUAUACUAGUAGCUGUGUUCUGUCUGAUCGGAGCUGUUUAAGAGUUACAGCUGGUCCCGCUCCACUGGAUCUCGAUGUUAAUGUUCAGAGAACUCUAGAUAACAACUUAGCAACCGAAGCUUAUGAAAGAAGAAUUAAACGCCUUGAACAGGAAAAACUUGAACUUAGUAGAAAGCUUCAAGAGUCAACACAGACUGUCCAGGCUCUGCAGUAUUCAACUGCUGAUGGUCCCCUAACAGCAAGUAAAGAUUUAGAAAUCAAAAACUUAAAAGAAGAAAUUGAAAAACUAAGGAAACAACUAAGAGAAUCAAGUCACUUGGAACAGCAACUUGAAGAAGCUAAUUCUGUGAGGCGAGAACUAGAUGAUGCUUUUAGACAAAUCAAGGCUUAUGAAAAACAAAUCAAAACAUUACAGCAAGAAAGGGAAGAAUUAAAUAAGGAACUAGUCCAGGCUAGUGAGCGAUUAAAAAACCAAUCCAAAGAGCUGAAAGACGCACACUGUCAGAGGAAACUGGCCAUGCAGGAAUUCAUGGAGAUCAAUGAGCGGCUAACAGAAUUGCACACCCAAAAACAGAAACUUGCUCGCCAUGUCCGAGAUAAGGAAGAAGAGGUGGACCUGGUGAUGCAAAAAGUUGAAAGCUUAAGGCAAGAACUGCGCAGAACAGAAAGAGCCAAAAAAGAGCUGGAAGUUCGUACAGAAGCUGUAGCUGCUGAAGCAUCUAAAGACAGGAAAUUGCGCGAACAGAGCGAGCACUAUUCUAAGCAACUGCAAAAUGAAUUAGAGGGACUGAAGCAAAAACAAAUUAGUUACUCACCAGGAGUAUGCAGCAUAGAACAUCAGCAAGAAAUAACCAAACUAAAGACUGAUUUGGAAAAGAAAAGUAUCUUUUAUGAAGAAGAAUUGUCCAAGAGAGAAGGAAUACAUGCAAAUGAAAUUAAAAAUCUGAAGAAAGAACUACAUGAUUCAGAAGGCCAGCAGCUUGCUCUCAACAAAGAAAUUCUGAUUUUGAAAGACAAAUUGGAAAAAAACAGGAGAGAGAGUCAAAGUGAAAGGGAAGAAUUUGAAAAUGAGUUCAAACAACAGUAUGAACGAGAAAAAGUGUUAUUAAUGGAAGAAAAUAAAAAACUGACAAGUGAGCUUGAUAAGCUUACUACUUUGUAUGAGAACUUGAGUACAUGCAACCAGCAGUUAGAAGAAGAGGUAAAGGAUCUAGCAGACAAGAAGGAAUCAGUUGCACAUUGGGAAGCUCAAAUCACAGAAAUAAUUCAGUGGGUCAGUGAUGAAAAGGAUGCACGAGGAUAUCUUCAGGCCUUAGCUUCUAAAAUGACUGAAGAAUUGGAAGCUUUAAGAAACUCCAGCUUGGGUACCCGAGCAACAGAUAUGCCCUGGAAAAUGCGUCGUUUCGCAAAACUGGAUAUGUCAGCUAGACUGGAGUUGCAGUCAGCUCUGGAUGCAGAAAUAAGAGCUAAGCAGGCCAUCCAAGAAGAGCUGAAUAAAGUUAAAGCAUCUAACAUCAUAACAGAAUGUAAACUAAAAGAUUCAGAGAAGAAGAACUUGGAACUGCUAUCAGAAAUUGAACAACUGAUAAAGGACACUGAAGAGCUUAGAUCUGAAAAGGGUAUAGAGCACCAAGACUCACAGCAUUCUUUCUUGGCAUUUUUGAAUACGCCUACCGAUGCUCUGGAUCAAUUUGAAACUGAUCCCGUUGAGAACACUUAUGUACGGAAUCCGAACGUCAAGUUUUACAUCCAGUCAAGGUCCACAUCUCCUUCCACAUCUAGUGAAGCUGAGCCAGUUAAGACUGUAGACUAUACUCCACUUCCAGUUCACACACCAACCUUAAAGAAAAAGGGAUGCCCUGGUUCAACUGGCUUUCCACCUAAGCGCAAGACUCAUCAGUUUUUUGUCAAAUCUUUUACUACUCCUACCAAAUGUCAUCAGUGUACCUCCUUGAUGGUGGGCUUGAUAAGACAAGGCUGUUCCUGUGAAGUGUGUGGAUUUUCAUGUCACAUAACUUGUGUAAACAAAGCUCCAACUGCUUGUCCAGUUCCUCCUGAACAGACAAAGGGUCCCCUGGGUAUAGAUCCACAGAAAGGAAUAGGAACGGCAUAUGAAGGGCAUGUCAGGAUCCCUAAGCCAGCUGGAGUGAAGAAAGGAUGGCAGAGAGCACUGGCUGUAGUUUGUGAUUUCAAACUCUUUCUGUAUGAUAUUGCUGAAGGAAAAGCUUCUCAGCCCAGUGUCGUAGUCAGUCAGGUGAUUGACAUGAGGGAUGAAGAAUUUUCUGUGAGUUCAGUCUUGGCUUCUGAUGUUAUUCACGCAAGUCGAAAAGACAUACCCUGUAUAUUUAGAGUCACAGCUUCCCAGCUCUCAGCGUCUAAUAACAAAUGUUCAAUCCUGAUGCUAGCGGAUAGUGAGAAUGAGAAGAGUAAAUGGGUGGGAGUGCUGAGUGAAUUGCACAAGAUUUUGAAGAAAAACAAAUUCAGAGACCGCUCAGUGUAUGUUCCCAAAGAGGCUUAUGACAGCACUCUUCCCCUCAUUAAAACGACCCAGGCAGCUGCAAUCAUAGAUCAUGAAAGAAUAGCUUUGGGGAAUGAAGAAGGGUUAUUUGUUGUGCAUGUCACCAAAGACGAAAUUAUUAGAGUUGGUGACAAUAAGAAGAUUCAUCAGAUUGAACUCAUUCCAAAUGAUCAGCUUGUCGCUGUGAUCUCAGGACGAAAUCGUCAUGUACGACUUUUUCCUAUGUCAGCUUUGGAUGGGCGAGAGACUGAUUUUUAUAAAUUGGCAGAAACUAAAGGGUGUCAAACCAUAACUUCUGGAAAAGUACGUCAUGGAGCUCUUACAUGCCUGUGUGUGGCUAUGAAAAGGCAGGUCCUCUGUUAUGAACUAUUUCAGAGCAAGACCCGUCACAGAAAAUUUAAGGAAAUUCAAGUCCCAUAUAAUGUCCAGUGGAUGGCAAUCUUCAGUGAACAACUCUGUGUGGGAUUCCAGUCUGGAUUUCUAAGAUACCCCCUGAAUGGAGAAGGAAGUCCAUACAGUAUGCUCCAUUCAAAUGACCAUACACUCUCAUUUAUUGCACAUCAACCAAUGGAUGCCAUCUGUGCAGUUGAAAUCUCCAGUAAAGAAUAUCUGCUGUGUUUUAACAGCAUUGGGAUAUAUACUGACUGUCAGGGCCGAAGAUCUAGACAACAGGAAUUGAUGUGGCCAGCAAAUCCUUCCUCUUGUUGUUACAAUGCACCGUAUCUCUCAGUGUAUAGUGAAAAUGCAGUUGAUAUCUUUGAUGUGAACUCCAUGGAAUGGAUUCAGACUCUCCCACUCAAAAAGGUUCGACCCUUAAACAGUGAAGGAUCAUUAAAUCUUUUAGGGUUGGAGACGAUUAGAUUAAUAUAUUUCAAAAAUAAGAUGGCAGAAGGGGAUGAACUGGUAGUUCCUGAAACAUCAGAUAAUAGUCGGAAACAAAUGGUUAGAAAUAUUAACAAUAAGAGGCGUUAUUCCUUCAGAGUUCCAGAAGAGGAAAGGAUGCAACAAAGGAGGGAGAUGCUGCGAGAUCCAGAAAUGAGAAAUAAAUUAAUUUCCAACCCAACUAAUUUUAACCACAUAGCACACAUGGGUCCAGGAGAUGGAAUACAGAUUCUAAAAGACCUGCCCAUGCCCGGUUUCCCUUAUCCAUCCCCUCAUCAUCACUCCGGUCUGAUCUCCUCUCCGAUCAACUUUGAGCACAUCUAUCACAUGACUGUUAAUUCUGCUGAAAAAUUUCUCUCUCCUGAUUCCAUAAACCCUGAAUAUUCCCCGUCUCUACGCUCUGUCCCCGGUACACCAAGCUUUAUGACUCUGAGGAACCCUCGGCCUCAGGAAAGUCGGACAGCAUUCAGUGGCUCGGUCAGUAUUCCAUCUAUCACCAAAUCCCGCCCUGAACCUGGUCGCUCCAUGAGUGCCAGCAGUGGCCUGUCAGCAAGGUCAUCCGCACAGAACGGCAGUGCAUUGAAGAGAGAAUUCUCUGGAGGAAGCUACAGUACAAAGCGGCAGCCCAUGCCCUCUCCGUCAGAGGGCUCGCUGUCCUCGGGAGGCCUGGACCAAGGAAGUGACGCCCCGGCGAGGGACUACGACGCAGAGGACUCUGAUUCUCCGAGGCAUUCCACGGCUUCCAACAGUUCCAACCUGAGCAGCCCUCCCAGCCCGGUGUCGCCCCGGAAGACCAAGAGCCUCUCCCUGGAGAGCACCGACCGCGGGAGCUGGGACCCAUGAGUGGCCUCUGCUCUCAGACCAGACGCCGGAGCAGCGGCCGCUCUGGGCUCCCUCCCCUCACUCCCCCUGUGCUCUCACUGUCAUCUCCCACCACCCCUGCCUGGAAGCGCCAGGGCCGCAGCAGUAGCAGGCGGGGACUCAGGAAUUCUGCCUCUAGGACUCACAUCCACGCACCCCUCGACUGAACAGCAACAGCCGUAAAGGCAGACUUUCAUUGAGCAGCUCAGAUGAAUACCGAUUUCAUUUCAUACCCUUAGCGUUGCUUUCCAGAAUAUUUCCCCCCUCCCCUGAAAGGUAGCUUAAGUAGGCAGAUUACACAAAUGUAAGCGAUAAGAAUAAGAUUAGACAGCCAUUGUUUUCACAGUAGAGCCUCGUAGCCCUGAGACAGCACGUGGGGCUCGCCAGUGGGCCCCGGGCACGCCAUGCCCUUCAGCACCACAGUGAAUGUCGACCUGAUCGUUGCCAGUAAAUCCCUGUUCACUAAAGCGAUGCAUAUUUUACUACAAAAUAGAGUUUAACUAAAUACACAAAUGUAGAGGUUAAAUACUGACUGUAUAUAAUAAAAAGAAGCAUCUUGUAUUCAACAAAAGAUGGAUGCAUAUAUGAGACAGAGAUCAUUUAAUUUAAAGAAAUGUAUUGUUUCUUGUCUGUUUUCCACCUAAGUAAUCAAAGGGUAGAAAGGCCUCCAGCUGACGUUUACAGGAGGAGAGCGAGAGGAGUGAGAAUUACCCUUAGUGCCAUUCCUCACCCUGGUCGCAGUCACCUGGGAGCUUUAGGGAAUGUUCCAAGGCUUUGGUUUCAUCGGUUUGGAGUGUGACCUGGAAACCAGACUUUUAACAUUUGAAGCCUCUUCAGCAGCAUCAUUUAAAGGCAUAUUUACUUCUAUCCAAGACAUUUCUUUUUCUAGCAGUAGAAUUUGAACCACACUUCUCAUUUAUUACUAUAUUUUGGUAUCUUCUGCUGAUGAAUGUAGAAAUGCAGUUUUGUCACCUUCUGGACCCCUUCCACCUGAAAGGACACAAGGAAUGUCGUAGUUUCUGAAGGUCCAUAAAAGGGUUCAUAAAAGUGCUUUUUCUCCUUGGCGAAACCCCUUACUCCCUGAGUGGCAGUGAGGCGUCUGGCCCCCAGCUGCGCCAGCUUCUCAGGGAGGGGUCUGUUUUGAGGGGGGUGUGAGCUUCCUCAGAUAAGCCUGGGAAAGGGGGUUUAGUUACCAAAUAAUGUAAAACCUCAAACGCAAGGACUUGACCAGCCUUAACCAAAUACUCUUUCCCGCAAGCAGUGGGAAAUGGACGCGCUCAGCCUGGGCGCGGGCAGGAAGUCAGCCCAGCAUGGCCACCUUGACUGCUGAAGCUUUUCCUCCCUCGGUUGCUGUGUUGUGUUGUUAGUCACAUUCCCAUUUGGACUCCCGCUGUUUUAAUUACCACAAGGAAAUGAGAUGCAGGACCAGGACCUUAUGUCUCCAGAGUCAUUUCACCGGUUAAGCACAUGAGUAGAGAAAGAGAUAGAAAUAAAAACAUUUCAUGGAAGUAAA